AUGGUGUGCUGGCCGCGCUGCUCACCCGCUGGCGCUGUCCCUUCCUCUCCUUUUCCACCUCCCCCAACCCUUCCGUUCCCGCCAGCUCCGCAUCAUUCCUGCUUCUCCUGCACCGACUUCUGGCCCGUGAAUCCCCGCCGUUGCAACACGCGGGCGCACCCAGCGCAGCCCCGCACAUGGUUCUCCUGCACUGACUUCUGGCCUACGGACAUGGACUUGAUGCCCCUGCAACACCGUCUCCAACUUCCCUCUCAUCAGCCACUCAGCACGGUAGGCGCUGCUGACGUGGCGGAGGUGCGCGGAGAGAGGCUGCAGGCGGAGCUGGGCGGGGCUGCUAGGUUGCGACAUUUUUUGUUUUCUCAAGGACGAGUGGCGGGAGAGGGAGGUGCGUGGGGCGAAGGAAGUGGGCUCAUGCGGGCAGGUCUCUGGUGCGGGCUGCAGGCCAGGCUGGGCGGGGCUGCUAGCUUCCUCUUCCCCACCCCCCUUUAUCUCCCCGCCAUUUCAUUGCAUGGGCGCUGGCCCUCACUGCAAUUGUUGGUGACAAGCAGCUUUGGCAGGUCACUGCCUGCUCUGCCCCUGCAUGUGCACGAGACCCAGUCCCCUCUCCGCCUUCCCAACCUCGUCCAGCGCAUCAACCUCUCUGCCAGUGCUACAGCCUGCAGCUCUCACCACUCUCCCUUGUUUGCCAAUGCUCGUUCCUCCCUCCUUCCCUCCGCUGCAUUCCCACACCCCACUCCCACCAACCCACACCUUUCCGAAUCUUUCAGCUCAUGGUGGCAGGGCGCUACCGCGUGCACCUCGCACUUGCCCUGUCUCUACAACACUGCUGUGUGUGAUGCUCCACCCACCAUCACUCUCUUCCCUCACCAGGCCCCGUGUGCCAGUGGGUGGGGCACACAUGGUGCCGUCCGCUAA